AUGAAGGGGGAACCCCAAUUCUUGACAGGCAUCAAGCUGUACAGCGUCGUAGCAGCCGUCAGCCUUUCCGGCUUCCUCGCAAGCCUAGAUAUCGCCGUAAUCGCAACAGCAAUCCCCUCCAUAACCUCCCACUUCCACACCACCGCCGACAUCGGCUGGUACGGCGCCGCCUACCCCCUGUGCACAUGCGCCCUGCAGCCCCUCACCGGCAAACUCGCCACCAUCUUCUCGCUGCGCUGGGUCUUCCAAUCCUUCUUCAGCACCUUCCUUCUCGGCUCGCUCAUCUGCGGCGCCGCCACCAGCUCCAACAUGUUCAUCGUGGGGCGCGCCAUCGCGGGCAUCGGCGCCGCGGGCAUCUCGUCCGGCGGCAUGUCCAUCGUCGCCAUCGUGUCGCCGCCCAAAUCGCGCGCCAUGUUCACGGGCAUGGUGAUGAGCGUGUUCUCGAUCGGGAUGGUCGUGUCGCCGAUCAUCGGCGGCGCGCUGACGGAGAACGUGAGCUGGCGGUGGUGUUUUUAUAUCAAUCUGCCGACGGGCGCCGUCACGAUUGCGAUACUGCUUGUGUUUCUGCAUCCACCGAGGGAGGAGCUGCCCGUGGGGCAGUCGCUGCUGCAGAAGCUUCGGCUGUUGGAUUUGCUUGGGAGCGUGCUUUUUGCGGCGUCGAUGGUUAUGCUGUUCCUGGCGCUGCAGUGGGGUGGGAAUAAGUACUCCUGGGGCUCUGCGACUGUCAUUGGGCUAUUCGUUGGCUUUGCGGUCGUUGCGGUGCUGUUUUUCGUCUGGGAGGGGCAUCGAGGGGAUACGGCUAUGAUCCCCUUCUCGCUGAUGAAGAGACGCUCCAUCUACGUCUGCUUCUUUUACAUCGCUUGUCUAGGUGGCGUAAUCGUCGUUCCCACCUAUUACCUCCCGGAAUAUUUCCAAGUCGUCAAGGGCGUGGGUCCCACUGCCAGCGGUAUCCGGCUGCUCCCCUUCGUAGGCAUGCAGACCAUCACCAUGAUAACGGCCGGAACCCUAGCCCGAUUCUUGAAGUACCUAAAUCCAAUCAUGAUAUUCGGCACCUCCGUCCUCUGCAUCGCCAGCGGCCUCUUCACCACUCUCUCUACCUUUGGCACCAACGCCAAGACCAGCCACUGGGUCGCCUUCCAGGUAGUGCAAGGUCUCGGGACAGGCUCCGCAUUACAGAUACCCAUGAUCUUAAUUCCCUCUAUCCUCAAAGACAAACCAGCCGACAUUCCGCUCGCCAUCUCGUUGAUCCUCUUCGGGCAAUUCUUCGGUAAUGCUAUCUUUCAAGCCAUCGCGGCAGCCAUUUACCACAACGGAUUGGUCAAGAACCUGCAGGAUACGGCGGGCCUAGAGGCGGUGCAAAUUAGUCAACUUCUAACGGCGGGGAAUGUGGAGAUACGCAAAGUGGUGGCGCAGUACUUUCCGGAUAAGCUGAGAGUGGUUCUGGAGGCAUAUAACGGGGCUAUUACCGAGACUUUUUGGCUUGAAUUAGCGGGAGCGCUUGGAGCUUUCGCGAUCUGUUUCGGCCUCCAAUGGGUCGAUACGCGCGUUAAGCCCCCAGUUGCCCCGGAAGCGGGUGUAGAUGGGAAGGGUGUUGAGCUGGUUGAGGGUGCUGAGAACAGUGUUUGA